GAAGAGGGCAAUGACCCUCGAACAAUUGGAAAACCUGACUUGGGAAGACUUCAAGACGGAGAUCCACGAUAAAUACAUUCCCAAGAGCUACAGAAAGAAGAAAGAGACGGAGUUUUUCAAUCUGAAACAAAACAAGAUGUCCGUGACGGAAUACGAUCGCGCUUUCUGCGACAUGUCUCGCUAUGCCCCUCAUCUGAUCGACACUGAUGAAAAGAUGGCCGAGAAGUUUCGUUCAGGCCUUAGGCAUGAGAUCAAGAUGGCGCUUGCUGGUCAUGGUAAUCUCACCCACUCUGAGGCACUUAGCAGAGCCCUGGAUGUUGAAGCAGCCAUGCCUGAAGACCGCCCAACCCAGACUCAAGCUUCGGGAAACAACGAUCGUGGGAAGAGAAAAUGGGAUGGCAACAACAACAAUAAUAGGGGUUACUACAACAACCAAGAUAACAAGAGGCCAUGGCAAGGAAACAUGAUGCCACAAGGGCAAUGGCAAGGACGACCAGUCAAUCCAGGAUCAGCUGGAAACAAUCAGGGCCAGCUCAGGGCACCUUUGUGUCCCAAAUGCUCCAAGUCACAUCACGGCAUAUGCUUGGCUGGCAGCAAUACCUGCUUUAAGUGUGGCCAGAAGGGCCAUUUUGCCAGAGACUGCCAAGGAAAACCACAAGGAGGAAUGAGAGGGCCGAAUCAGCCGGGCCAAGUACAACCACUCAGGGCUAUCCAAGGCCAACAGUUACUCUACCCACCACCACAGCAGCAGUAUCGACCUGCGGCACGUCCACCGCAAAUUCCACAGGCAAGAGCCUAUGCCUUGCACAAGAAUAAGCAAGGAAACAACCAAGGGAAUUUGGCAGGUCCGGGCGACAGAAAGUGAAGCAGAAGAAGAAACGACUCCACGCCAGCUUUAAGAACAAUUGAGGUUGAGCAGGCGAUGGAAUGGAUCGGUGUUGAGCGGAUUUCCCUUUUGAUGUUUAUGUAAUGAAACCUUGAGUAUGCAUCUCCAUAUGCAUAACUCACACGUUUUUCCGCUGCAAACACUCUGAAUUUGUUAUCGUAUUGUGGAACUUAUUACUUCUUCAUUUUGUUUAACUUUCAUUUGGGGUUUA